AUGGCUACCGCCGACGAACCGUCCUCUCACCUCGCCGAGUCUGGUGUCACGAUUCACUCAGACAGCGAGCAAUACUCGGCCGGCGAAGAAGCAUCGACAUCUCGCGAAUCAUCUUCAUCCUCGACGCCCAUGAUUCUAUAUCAGCCACCCACGAUCUGGGGUCUGAUCCGGGGAACUGCCAUAAACUUGUUACUGCCAUUCAUCAACGGCAUGAUGUUGGGAUUUGGAGAGUUGUUUGCACAUGAAGCUGCGUUCAGGCUGGGAUGGAGUGGCACCAAGGUCUUCCCACUGUCACGACGAACCGCCCAUCCUAUUGGACCGGGCAUUGAGAUUCGCGAAAAGGCAACUCCACCUACCCCGGAGCUCCAGGACUUGACAGCCAUGGAAUAA